AUGUGGCUUCAGGUUUCGGCUUUCGGCUUUCGGCUUUCGGCUUUCGGCUUCCAAAUCCGACACGGCCUUCUGAGCUCUGGUGCGAGUUGCUAUUUUGUGUUUAUCGAAGUGGCCUUUUUCGGAACGCUUUUGACAUUUGUUACUGUCACUGCAACCAGAACCAGAACCAGAAACAGAACAUUUGUUAUUAGAAUCAACGGCACCCGAUUGCUAUCAUACGACACCACUGCACGGCGUUUGGACGAUAUAUCGGAAGACGUUGCUGGAGCGAAUCCAAUUCAAGCCGAGGUGUUAGCCGGCAAUAUAACCUUGGUUGUCGCGCUUUUCGAGGAUUGUUCAUUCGCAUUGUUUGAGUUGAACGUCUCCGGUGGUCGUCAAGUCUCGUUGGAUGCGGAUGCCGGCGGCCAGCCAGUUCCAAACGGUUCUCCGGACGUUGGCUACCAAUGCCCCAUUUGUCUGCGUGCCCCACGCGACCAUGAGCCAGUGGCUACUAAAUGUGGCCACAUCUUUUGCCGUGCUUGCAUCGAAGCGAACCUGACCCGCAACCGCCCCAAUGCGCAUAUGCAAUGGGGAAGUGACCGCAGAUCAGUUGCUACGCCUUUAUAUGUAAGCCUUCAAUGCCAACUCCAAUGUGCUAGCCAUUUGGGAUACUUCCCGGACUUACAUGUGUUCAAAUAAAUAAACUUGGCUACACGAAUAAUCUUGCAGCUA